AUGUCACGCAAGACGGCCGCCGGCCGCACCCUCGUCCAAAUGGACCCCGACGAGAUCUACUUCACGCACGCGCGCAUCCGGCCAGUCUUCACGGGCUGCAACAAGCGCAUCGAGGAGACGCUCGAGGAGAUCCUCUCAGGCCAGACCAAGAUCGAGGACGUGCCGUACAUCACCGUGAUUGAGAACUUUGAGACGCCCGCUCCGGCACCGGCGGGCGGCUCGUCAAAGGGCAAGAAGGGCCGCCGAGGGGACAGCGACGACGAGGAGGAGGAGCGCGGCGGCAAGCGCAAGGGACGCGGCAAGGCCGCACCAGCAGCAGCGAGCGCACCACCCGCGCCGUACUACUUCUCGCUCAACAACCGCCGGUUAUACCUCUUCAAGACGCUCAAGGCGAUGGGCAAGAUCGAUACGAUCGCCGUGCAGGUCAAGCCGGCGCUCGAGCGCGAGCGGACAAAGUACACGCGCGAGCGGUGUGUCCUGCGGGCCAAGAUCAUGGGCGCGGGGGAGAAGCGCGUAGGCGAGGGGGAAGGGGAAGAGGAGGACGGCGAGGAGGAGGAGCGGUGA